GCAAAGCAUUGAGAUACAGAGUAUCUAGAGCCGCUGGAGUGUAUACACUUCAUGGAUGCCGCCAACUGUAACAGGUUCUUGCCGGCUCCAUAUUAAAGAUCGGUUCAGAGAUGAAUCGUAGAACUCGGGUGGGUAUCUGAGAAGCUAGAACGGGUAGUGUAGAUCCGAGAGAGUUAAGUCAACUAGGGUGAAGGAGUUAAGAUCCUCUUUUUGUACAUGAUAUCUCAUGCAUAUCGAGUAUAGAUUAGGAGGCAAUUUGAUUGAAAUAUUUUUAUUAUUAUUCAUGUAUUAACAUGUAUUUUUAUUUAGUUUAACGCGCUGUCUUUAUUUAAUCCUCUUCUUUAUGGAGAGAGUUUGCUCCAUCAUUCAACUCAAGUAGGUUGGGAGAAAGGAAUAUCUAUGGUGGAGAUGAAUACGUGUGAGAGAUCCUCGUAUUGCAGCCACAUAAAUAAAGUCUGGAAGAUCUGCCAAAGAAGAACAAGUAAACAGUGUCGGCAAAAUAAAAUUUUUAAUGUUAUCUUCUGCUAUAAAUUACACCACAAGUCUCUCCGUUAUUCGCCACAGAACCAAAAGAAGAAAGGGAGGAGCUCACGAGCAGGAAGAAGAAGAACGAGAGCAGAUGGCGGCUCGCUCUUUCGUCGGCGUCGCUGCGUCUCUCAAGAACAACAUUACUACUCGCUUUGCUAGCAGGAUGGGAUAUGCUGCGACGGCGACAGCGGCCACGGUAGAAAUCUGUGGGGAGAAGACGGCGGCGGUGGGGCAGGUGGUGUUGAACUCCACCACAGCCGCCGCCGACGCCUCCUAUCUCUCAGCAUCGACCUCUUCUUGGAUGCCAGAUCCGGUGACGGGAUACUACCGGCCGGGAAACCGCCGGAAGGAGGCGGAGACUGUGGAGCUGCGCGAGACGUGUCGCUCCCACGAGCAAUCCAAUUAAACUAGGCGUCAUUAUGUGAAGGGAGAUAAUCAUAGGAUCAACCUAUAGAGGAGAUUGUUUCUCCCGAAAAUAAGAUUGGAAUCUAAAUAAAACACAAGGAUGACGUGAUGAUUGGUUAAUUUA